AUGCAGGUAGACAAAACGCAUUCGGUAGGAAGGAAAGAAUAUGAUGAAUUAGUUCAUCAGGUAUUCAGAGUUUUAGAGAUGUUUCGACAACUUUCACGUCAGUGUGUUGCUCGAUCGAGUUUGACCAAGGGUUUACAAUCUCUAUCGACAGAUCUCCCAGAAACAUUCAUGAAAUCACCGGAAUCUUAUUAUGCAUAUUCCUAUCCGGAAACUUCUAACACUCAGUUUUCAUCUUCUCCUUCCAAUACACCUGAAUAUUUCUUCGCUUUUCUCUUGCCUAAACAAGAAGAUUUUGGCUCGGCGUAUAGAUCACCGCAGCCGCCACCGCCAGAGAACGUUGGCAAGGUCAUAGUACCAUCAAGAACAGGCCAGAUGGAAAUUUAUCCUGGACAACCGAUUACCCUCGAAGUGCUCAAACCUGGGGUUGUCUCAUUGGUCGAUGGAAAGUCCACGACUAGGUACUUCGUCACUGGUGGAUUUGCAUUCAUCCAUGGACACUGUGUAGAUGUAGCUACUGACGAGGCUAUACCCCUUGACCAUAUUGACCCAGCUGAGGUUCAUAAGGGUCUCAAGGAGUCCACCCAGAAGUUGAGAUCUGCCUCGACUGACUUGGAGAAAGCUGAAGAUCAGAUUGGAGUGGACGUUCACCACGCCCUAAAUGCUGCCCUACAGGAACUUAUACAGGAGCAAGGUAGGAGUACAUCAGUAGUUGUUCACAAGUAA